GGAAAGAAAGUGGCCGGCGCUCUCUCCGUCGGUCUCCCAACGUCCCACUCCUCGUCCCCUACGUCUAAAUCCUUGUAUAUUUCCUCUUCUCCUGUAACAUAAUAAUAAUAAUAAUAAUAAUAGAUAUAAGAAGAAUUAGCAUAAGCAAUACAUUUACAAAUUAUCAUCAUCAUCACCAGCAUCCCUCCAUUAAUUUAUUCCCACUACCCCAAACGGACGAACGCAUCCAGGGAAGGGCUCUCCCUCGCCCUCUCCGUCCCCGCACCUCCUCCUCCUUCCCCUUCCCCCUUUAUUAUUAUUAUUAUAUAUCCGAGGAGGGGGAGCUCAAACCCCUCUCUCUCUCUCUCUCUCUCUCUCUCCUUUGACUCCUUUGGGCGAUGAGGGGGGCGCACCGGAGCGAUGGGCGAGAAGGGGUCGGCGAAGCCCUCGUCGUCUUCCUCCUUCGGAUUUAGGGCUUUGGGAUGCGGCAUCGCCAUGGCCCAGUGGAUCCGGCCCCGGUGGAGGUGGGGCCCCGUAAGUCUCCUCACGCGAUCUCCCUCCUCCGUCUCCUUCCUCCUUGGAUCCCUCCUCGUCUCGGGCCUCGCCGGGCUCGCCUUCUUCUGGCUCGUCGUCUCCUCCUUCCUUCACCACGAUCCGCCUCUCGUCGGUUGCCGGCCCGAUAGCGAGGGGUCUUGGUCGAUCGGGAUCUACUAUGGGAAGAGCCCGUUGGAGCUCUCCCCGAUCGAAUUGCAGGAGAAUAGGAGCAAUGGCAACAGUUCGGCAUGGCCGGUGGCCAAUCCUGUGCUCACGUGUGCUUCAGCAUCGAUGGCGGGUUAUCCGAGCAAUUUCGUCGCAGACCCAUUCCUUUAUAUUCAGGACUACACUCUCUACAUGUUCUUUGAGACGAAAAGUACUACUUCUAGGCAAGGCGAUAUCGGUGUUGCAAGAAGUGUUGAUCAGGGUGCCACAUGGGAAUUUCUUGGUAUUGCUUUAGAUGAAAAAUGGCAUUUGUCCUAUCCCUUUGUUUUCAAUUAUAAAAACCAGAUAUAUAUGAUGCCUGAAGGGAGUAAAAAGGGAGACCUUAGGCUUUAUCGAGCAACGAAAUUUCCGCUCGAGUGGACGUUGGAGAAGGUGCUCAUAAAGAAGCCACUUAUUGAUGCAUCGCUGGUUCAGUACGAGGGAUACUACUGGCUAUUUGCAUCGGACUUCACUCGGUUUGGUACUGAAAAGAAUGCAGAGCUCGAAAUAUGGUACAGCCGUUCCCCACUUGGCCCCUGGAUUCAGCAUAAGAGAAACCCUAUUUAUAAAUCUGAUAAAAGCUUAGGAGCUCGAAAUGGUGGAAGGCUUUUUAUAUACGACGGCUCUCUUUAUCGUCCAGGCCAGGAUUGUAGUGGGACCUAUGGUCGAAAGGUGAUAAUGUACAAAGUUGAAAAACUGAGUAAAGAAGAGUAUAGAGAGGUUCCAGUAGACCUUGGAAUUAAGGAGCCUAAGAAAGGUCGAAAUGCUUGGAAUGGGAUUAGAUACCAUCACUUAGAUAUACAACAGCUCUCUUCUGGUGAUUGGAUUGCAGUGAUGGAUGGAGAUCGUGUACCUUCUGGUGACUCGACGUGGCGAUUUUUCAUUGGUUGCAUGUUCUUCCUGCUAGCCUUUUUGCUGAUUAUUUUCUUGGGUUUCCUGUUUGGUGCAGUGAAUUACAUUGUUCCUACAAGCUGCUGCACGACUCUUACUAGAAGGAAUGAGCCCUCAUGGUUUCGGUCUCGCCCGCACUUCAACAUGAAAGUACGCAGAUAUCUUGCCGGCAUAAAUAGAUAUAUUUCAGCAAUUAGAUCCAGGAUAAACCCUAAAACAUGCUCUGGCAUGCUGAUUUUAUCUCUUCUCGCAUUUAUUACCUUCGUUACCGUCUGCACUGCCGUAAAUUUCCUAUUUGGAGGGAAUGGUGCUGAAGAGGCAUAUAUGUAUAAGGGGCAAUAUUCUCAGUUCACGAUGAUUACGAUGACAUAUGAAGCCCGAAUUUGGAAUUUGAAGCUCUAUGUUAAACAUUAUUCUCGUUGUGAAUCUGUUAAAGAAAUUGUUGUUGUCUGGAACAAGGGGAACCCUCCGAACACUGAUGAGUUCGAUUCUGUUGUGCCAGUAAGGAUACGUGUGGAGGAGCUGAACUCCCUAAACAAUCGGUUUAAGGUCGACCCUUUAAUUAAGACCAGAGCUGUUCUUGAACUAGAUGACGAUAUAAUGAUGACGUGUAAUGAUGUUGAGAAAGGGUUUAGGGUUUGGAGAGAGCAUCCAGACCGGAUUGUGGGUUUCUAUCCGAGAUUAAUCGAUGGUAGUCCUUUGAAGUACCGGAAUGAGAAAUAUGCAAGGGGGAAGAACGGGUAUAACGCUAUACUUACUGGUGCCGCUUUCAUGGAUAGCGAAUUUGCUUUUGAGAAAUACUGGAGCGAAGAUGGGAGGGAAGGUAGGGCUUUCGUUGACCAGUCGUUCAAUUGUGAGGAUUUGCUGAUGAACUUUCUAUACGCGAAUUCAAGUUCAGAGAGGACAGUGGAGUAUGUUCAUCCUGCCUGGGCUAUCGAUACAUCUAAGCUGUCGGCUUCUGCAAUUAGUAGAAAUACCCAAGUGCACUAUGAUAUCAGGACGAAGUGUUUGUCGAAGUUUGCUGCUUUAUAUGGUCCUCUCCCUCAUCUGUGGGAGUUCGGCAGCAGACAAGAUGGUUGGGAUAAAUAGGACUACCGAUUUCUGAUCGUGGGAGAAAUGGAAGGAUGGAACGUGGGGGGGCUUUUAUGCAAGAUUUUGAAUUUUCUAAUAAAUCCUUCUCCGAGGCGGUGCUUGACUGCCUAAUCUUGUAACAUUAUUAUUUGAGCUCUGUCUGCUGAUAACUAACCAAGAUGUGCGCUUGAUAGUUUUGAGAACCUCUAGAUAACUCUGGAGGGAAUACACAGAGGCGGCAAAUCACUCUGAAGAGCCAUGAGGUCUUAUGGAGAGCCAUGAGGUCUCACCCAAGUCGGCUGGAGCUGUUUGUGUUGUUGAGUGAUUGUAAAAUUUGGAUUAAGUUAAAUCAAUUUUUGUAAUUUUAGCACUAUCUCCUUUUCUGAUCAUUAGUUGUGAUUUAGAGCUUUGCUAAAUGUUUUAAUUUUGUUUUUAUGGAGUUUGGUGUGUGUAUAUCCUUAUGGUCGUUCGUGCACCUUGUUGUAGUGACGCAGAUGAUUAAUGAUUAUGAUGGCGAACCGGCUAUCUACUAAGAAGGGUUUAUUGAACCUCUCUGUUAAUUAA